AUGUCCGAAGUUUUAUCCAGACCCUCGGCGCCGCGUGGGCGCGGUUCUGCUCGAGGCGGACGAGGUGGUUACAGCUCUAGAGGUGGCCGGGGCGGUCCUCGAUCAGCCAAAGUUGAAAUUGCCGACAACAGUGCAUCCACAUCAUACGAAGAUGAAGGAGAAAUUGGUCAAUUGAAGCUCAAGUAUGCGACAGAAUUACCCACGUUGAAAGAGCUCUUCUCGGACUGGACAGAUGAAGAUCUAGUGUUUGCUUUAGAGGAUGCGAACGGUGUUCUUGAGACUGCAAUUGAACACAUCAGUGAGGGCAACGCUUCUCAAUGGGGUGAAGUCAAGAAGAAGACUACCGAUCGCUCCCGUCCCAAGGCAAAGGACGUGCCCAAGCCCCAGACCACCAGUGGCGAAACAGUACCUCUAGCAUCUCGUGGUAGCCGUGGCCGUGGUGGAUUCGAAGGACGUGGUGGUCGUGCUCGUGGAGAUCGUGCUCGUGGAGGUCGUGGUGGACGAGUUGGUGGUGCACGUGACGAGAAACCUGCUGUACCUGCCGAGCAGGCCAUCACAAGCACCCCUAGUGAACCCGCUACUGCUGAAGUUGAAGCUACCAAACCCGUUGAGUCGGUCGAGGCCGUGAAGGAACAACAGCAAGAAGCUCCCAAAGCACCCGAACCUGCGAAGAAGGGAUGGGCAAGCUUGUUUGCUAAACCCACACCCCCUCCUCCCCAGAAGAAGCCUCCUCCAGCCGCUGCUCCCCCUGCAGCUCCUCCAGUCGAAGCCCCAGUCGAAACAAAACCCGAAACGAUCAUACCGCCUGUACCUGCCGCCGUGGCAACCCCGGAAAUUCCUAAAGCCCAAGCACCCGAACUACCACCUGUACCACUUAAUGAACCCGCACACGAAGUACCCUCUACCCAGUCUUUCGAAGCUACUACAGAUGAUCUCACCAAAACGAACCUUGACCAAGUUCCCGAUGUUUCUCUACCACCUGCUACCGCAACUGUAGCCAGUACGAUCGCAAGCAUCCAAGACCCCAACUCUCUUCCUCCCGUUACACCCCAAAGCCGUGGACCUGUAUCUGGCUAUGCUGCCUCUGCGUUUAAAGCGGCUGGACCUCAAGGUCGCUCUGCUAGUUUCCAGCGUCGUGUUUUGGAACAGCAAGAAGCCGUUGUUAUGCCUGCUAAUCACGCCGUUGACCGUGCUGCUGUCCAAUUUGGCAGCAUGGGAUUGAACGGCAACGAAUCUGUGGAUGUUGAUGAACAGAGGGAAGAGGCAGAAACUCGUGCUCAACCACCUCAACACUCUCCAGUCGCUCCUCGUGCUUCUCUCCCUCCUCCUCAGUCCCAGCCCUCGACAGAGACUCCUGCGGUCGCCCGUCCUGCUCCUGGAUUACCCCCUGUACCCCAGACCGAUGCAGCACCUUUCAACGACUUUGGCCGAUAUGGUGAUGCCCAGAAGCCAUACGACCCAUUCACUCAGCAUCCCGCACAGACACAAGUUCAAGCCCAAGAGCCCUUCUCUCACCAAGCUCCUACUCAAGCUGCAGUAACGACUGGCAGCGAGUAUUCUCCCUUCUAUGCUGCCGAUCAGCAGCGUCUUCCUUACAACUACUACGGUUACCCUUCACAGGACACCACUGGUCAGCGCGCGUCUGGCUUCGCAACCUCGGGUGCCGAAGGACAGGCCCAGGCUACCCAGACACCUAGCCGCUAUGGUCAAACUGAAGCUCCUGGAAGUGGUCAAAACACUCCUAACCCAACCUUGCCCGUCGCAACUCAAUCGCAACAGCCAUCCGGACAGCAUAUCCCUGGCGCACAGGGUGCUCAUGCCAACUACGGCUAUGGAUAUCCUUACUACUCCAACCCUCAUUACGCUCAAUCAUACAUGAACAUGAACCAGCAGCACCAAUAUGGCCGCAACCGCCCCAUGUAUGACGAUGCUCGUCGCUACGAAGAUCACUACAUGCCUCAUAGCAACCAGUAUGCGUACAGUAACCAGUACGCGGCGCCAUACGGCGGCAAGGGUGCUAUGUACGGUCAACCUUUCUCCUAUGACCACUCGUCUUCUCCAGCAGGUUCUGGCUUCAACCAGGCUCUUCCCGGUCGCGAAUCUGUCUAUGGUCGCACUGGAUCUGCUCAGCCUGAGAACCAGCAGUCUGCUGCUGGAGCAAACACUACCUUCGGUACAGCUGUCCCUGAUGUGUUUGGUCGAUCCCAAUCCGGAUUCAGCCAGAACCAGCCUAUCUCUCAGCAACAACCCGUCACCAGCGAGGAGUCAACCAAGGGAUACGAAGCCUCUAAGACUGGCGGACCAAGUCCAUCUCUUGCUCAGGCCAAUCGACCUGGUUCAGCCACUAGCAGCAUUCCUGGACAGUCGCAGUCGCAGACUGGCCUGCCUCCUCUCCAGGGGCAACAGGGUCAACAGGGAUUCGGUGGCUAUCCUCACUUGAAUCCUCAGUACAGCGGCGCUCUCGGUGGCUUGGGCAGUCACCAGGCCAAUGUUAGCCAGAACCACCACCAAGGAAGUGCAUAUGGCAACUACGGCGGCGCAGCAGGCUUUGGUAACUACUAUGGAAACUCGGGACGCGGCGGCGGUUGGGGUGGCAAUUACGGACAUUAA